CGUCUUUCCCACUCAAAUUUGACACCGCCGAUUGAAUUUGUAGGAAGCGGUGCUGGAGGGGGAGAGUUAUGGCAAAUUCUCAAUCUGUUUCGAGAUUCUUAGCCUAAAGGCAUUGGCCCUUGGCCGUAUGUACACUCCUGGUGGCCGUAGCAAGUUUGACUUGUUAGUGUGUUAAGGUACGGUUGGUAUUUCGAUGGGUCGACAAAGAGCGAGUAAGAGGUCGAAGAAUUCCAAGAGUGUAAGUAGAGUAAGAUCGCAGGCGAAGAUGAAUGGAGAUGUUGAAGCUAUGCAGUUAAACAAAGAUCAGGAAUCGGCCUCAAGGACCCCUGUUAUCCCUUUUGCUGUCCCCUCUCUCAUCUCAUCUAUUACGAACAUUAUCUGGCCAUCCAAAAAGUCAAUUGGGAUGCCAAGGAAGAGGAGAAGGGUGGAAGAUGAAAACCUGAUCUCAUCAACGCCUGUUAAUGUUGGCAAAAGAACUCGAUUAGAUUCAGGUUGCAACCUUGAGAACAAUAACUCAAUUGCACCCAAGAACGCUGUAGCUGCCAAAUCAUCAGAAGCCCCUGCCUCUGGCGACAACCCUGCGAGGACGGGUAUCCUCGGCUCCAUAUUUUCUCCUGUCUAUCAAUUAUUCGGCAUUGGUAAUGACAGCAAGGAAGGGGACAGCAGCAUUGAAGGGGAUGAAAUGAAUGACGAUGUAUUUGAGGCUGCACAGGGCCUUCAUGCCUGUUGCCCUCCCAGUACGUCGGAAGAAGAACUGCCUUGUGUCGAUGGGCUAACUACUGCUGAGAUGAUCACAGAGACCUAUGCUGAGGACUUGAAAGAUUCAUCAUAUAGUGAAAGAGAUGAUAAUGGUAAUGAAAUAGUUAAAGCAGGAACAGAAGAAUCGCCAGACAGUAACAUGUACAUGGACGAAGAGGACGCAUCAGGUGGCCCCGAAGAAUGGGAAGUCUUCGACCCAUAUUAUUUCAUUAAGCAACUUCCGCCACUACAGGAAGUCUGUGACCUAGGCAGCCGAGAUCCUGUCCUGCCUCUCAAGACGCGAAGUGCACCUGAAUACUGCUUAGUUGUGGAUCUGGAUGAGACUAUAGUACACUGUAGCUUACAAGAGAUGGACAAUUGUAACAUGUCUUUUCCAGUUUUGUUCCAGGAUGUCACAUACCAGGUGUACGUAAGGACACGGCCGUUCUAUCGCGAGUUUUUGGAACGUAUGUCAAAAUUUUAUGAAAUCAUCCUGUUCACAGCUUCUAAGAAAGUUUACGCCAACAAGCUGUUAAACUUGCUGGAUCCUGAACAUAAACUUGUCAAGCAUCGGCUAUUUCGAGAUCACUGCAUUUGCGUUCAAGGAAAUUACAUAAAAGAUCUGACAAUCUUAGGUCGUGACCUGACCAAGACCGUUAUCAUUGAUAACUCUCCUCAAGCAUUCGGUUAUCAGCUUGAGAAUGGAAUCCCGAUUGAGAGUUGGUUCACAGAUGAGGGCGACACAGAGUUGUUAAAACUUAUCCCUUUCUUGGAGGAUCUUGUUGCUAAGAAAGGUGAUGUCCGGCCUUUGGUGCGAGAUCGUUACCGAUUACAUGAGCUCCUCCCACCUGAUUAAUAACGCAUCUGCCAGCGUUGAAUCACAAUAGUCACAUGAUCAAUCAGGAGAGGGCGGUACAACGCCCGUUAUUUUGUGGAAUACAUCAAGAUUCUUUGUGUAGUAGAGGUCCAUCCCUCCUAUUGUCUAUUUUUGAUGCAAACUGUUUGUGUAAGAUAUGUACUAUAAAUUGUAGUUUCUAUAAUUUCUAUAAUUGGCAAGGGAGCACAUUCUCUAUGAACUUUUCUAGUAAAUGUUUGGAGAAAUGGUUGGCACAAAAUGCUCUGCAGUCCAGGGAUCAUGGUAAUUUUCUAGCGAGGUUAACAGUGAAUCACCAAUACUGUGAUAACAAAAUAAAUUUUUUAUAAGACCAAGAUUCUAAUUAUAAUAAGACAUAAAAGUAUUUGUAUUUUUAGCAUUUAUAAAUGCUAGUUGGUUUGUAUAGUCAUGAACAGCGCCCUCACAAUUGAAAAAUUCACUAAAUAUUUUCAAAAUUUGGAUAAAUGUUUAAUGAUUUGACUAAGAAUACGGAAUCAAUUUUAGCUGUGUGUUACGAUGAUAAGUAUGUACCACACGCCUCACCUUGUUCAAGAAAUGAAGAUAUAUAAAAGUAUCUAUAUUUUUAACAAUUAGGAAUUUUAAGAUUUGAUAGGUAAUUUUUACUGCUGUAAAUACUACAUCAAUGGCUGUGUGUGAGAAUGUUUGUUUUUGUUUUUGAAAUUGCCUUCAUCCCCAUUGAUGUUUCUAAGUCAAAGAUUUCGUAGAUUUUGUUAAUAAUUUUCUAAAAUACCUCCCAUGUAUGUUUUGUACAGUGAUUAGUCCAUCCCAUUUAUUUCUAGUGUAAGAAUACUUAGAAACUGUUAUCUUCAUGAGGUAGAAUAAGAGUAGUUUGCUGCCCUCAUCUGGUCACACCUGAAACCCUCAACAUAGGUAGUCAGUACUGCAUUUUUACCUGUAGGGUGGUCAUCUUGUAUUUUCUAACUCCCAGAUCUCAUUGGUUGAAGUGCUACUUGUAUAAAGCUCCAUCAACACUAUCAGAUUUAAUGUUACAAAUGCAUGUGACUUGCCAUAUAUGGAUCUGAUAAAACAUUACCAUGCUCAUACAUGAAUGAUAAGAUAUGACAUCAUCAUUCACAUAUAUUGCAAUUUACACAAAUUUGUUGCAAAAAACCUGAGUGAUAGUGUGGAUAGUACUUUAAAACUGAUAUAAAUCAUUUUUUAAUUAAAUUAUCAUAAUAAAAAUAUAAUGUACAUGAUUUUAAACACAGAAAAUAUGAAAUCCUAUUUAAUUCAAGAAAUCAUUUUUGAGGCUGAGUUUUAUAGGAUUUUUAAGGCAUUUUCUAUUAUAGUAUGUUUUGACAACAGUAGGUGGAAAUGGAAUAAGAAGUCUUAAGUUAGUGUAGGGAGUUAAAAAGCUGGAUAUAAUUAUUGUGGAGCACACAUUCUUUGUUUCAAAAUGUAUGUAACCUUAACUGAAAUGAAUUCCCCAUUUGCCAAAUUACCAUCAAUAAUUAACUAGGAAAUAAAGUUUACUCGGAUUUUAAUUAAGUUUACGAUUGCACUUGUAUGUUGUAAAUACAAUUUUGCUACUUGGCCAACACAGUAGCAUGAACUGUAACUAUGUAAAAAAAAAGUGAUUGUUAUCCUUUAUCUAUAAUAAAUUUAUUACAAUCCUUGUUAAUGAGCAUUUUAGAUGUAAUUCCCAGAUAUUUGAUAAAGAUGUAUAUUUUAAAAACUAUCUGUGAGAUCAUUGUUUUUUGUGCAAAUGAUUCUUUAAGGGGUGUUUUUUUUUUUUAGAGAAGAUUUAAAGAUGUUAUAUUCUAGUAUAAUUAAGACAUACAGUAGUAAUAUAGAUGCUCAGUUUAACUUAAAAUGAAGUGUACAUGCCAUUACAUAUCAUGUUGAAUUUCAGUCUUUUUAAAUACAUAAAUUUUAGUAUAUUAGUUGUCAGUAGGGGUUUCAUAGGGAGCAUAUUUUACCCCAAUUUUUGACACUCUAAAUUGCCAAUUUUAAUAUUUUAAUCGUUAAUCUGCCUUUCUGGAGCCAACCACUUAUUGUUGAUACAUUAAUACUUUUUCCAAUAAUGUUUAUACAAAAACGAAAGCAAAUAUGGAUAAAUCAUUUAGAGUAAGAAAUCGUGACCUGAGUAAAUCAAUGUUAAAAAUGACCAAAGUAUACAAAAAUCAAGUUUUUUUUUAUGGAACUAUGUGGGUAAUUGUUGAAAAACCAUAUACAAUACACAUUUUAGAAUUAUCAUUGUUUAAAAUCGCUUGAAUUAGGCAUCAGUUGAUUCAUUCGCUAUGAAUUCCACAUUGCAGUUAGAACUUUCCACAAGCAGGUCUAUCACCUAGCCAGCUGGUGGUGUGACUAUCCAGUACUGUAGGACCAUGUUCUCCUCAGUUGAUUGUUUGAGGGUACAGAUGUAGGUAAACACUUUGAGAAAAAUGUGUAGCAUCAUAAGAAAACCCAAGUGUUUUAACUACUUCUUUUCAUUACUGUACCUCAGUAUGUUAUUCUAAAGUCCAACUCGGACAGCGUCAUACGACGCAGACCGACACGAUUUAUUGUCAGGGACAGUCUUUAGGUCAUGGUGAAAAUACAAAACAUUUAAUAUCCUAUGACGCGACAUCUGCGUUUAUCUCGCACAUACCCGAAAUGACAACAAAUUGCGUCGAGCUGCAUUUACAUAAAUUUGAACAACACAGUCUAAUAAAACAGAUAUGUUCCUUUAAAAUAUUGUUUUAUUCAAUUUUAUAUUAUAGACUCACACUGGAUGAUGACUUGAAAGUUUUUUUCAAUAAAUUGAAUACUAAUUUCCACAUCGAUGUUGCCAUUUCUGUUAAGCACCAGUUCACACUACUAAAUUUUAUGUGACAAAUUUAUGUGAUGUGCCCAUAUGUGGCAGAACCAAGCUAAAGGAGGGAUAAGUUGCACAGGCAGUUUUCCAAUAAAUGCACAAAUGUGAAAUUUUUUCGAUUUUUUUUUUUUUAUAUAUCUCUAAAACAUAUUAACCAUUUAACUUUCAUCUUAUAUUUACCUUUCUCUGAUUUAUAAUCGAUAAAUGCUUUGAAAAUGGUAUUUAAGAGAGCUUGUCCUAGCAUACAGACAUGAAAAUCUGAUUUUCAAAGCCAGUUUUCUCAAAAUACACUUUCCAAGUAUCCUAACUUUGAUUGCCCAUAACUUCGCCUUAAACUGUCAUAUCAAAGUGAUUUUUUUUUCAUUUUAAAGAUGAUAAUGUCUAGUUUCAUAAUAUGUACAAAACUCAAUUUUGAAAAUUUCGACUUAUCCCUCCUUGGGCUUGGCUCUGCCACAUAUAUGAUAUGUCAUAUUAUGUCCAAAUAUGGACAUAUCACAUUUAUUUGUCGCAUAAGAUUUGAUAGUGUGGACCGCUUAAAGUCUGAUGAAACUUUUUUGUUUUUUGUAGCAUUUUGAAAUCAUGUUUACUUGAAAAUUGUAAAUAAAGUAGGAUUUACCCAGGAAUGAACAAGUCUUCUCAAUAUCUGUUUUGAAUCAAUUCUAAUAUUUUUUCCCUAAUGUUUUUCCUCAAAAUACCUGCUUUUUGCAAUUUUAUAAUUCUUUGAUAUUUAUUGUUUUGCUCAUUCCAAUCUUUUAGUUUAUGUUAUUGUAAAUAUGAUUGAUAUAUCAAUAAUAUGUAGUAUUAUCAUUUUAUCAUAUAUGUUUCAUUAUUUUAAUUUUUAUAUUUCUAUUGUAAAUUGACUGUUUAGUUAUAAUUAUGCUUUUUAAUUUGCUGCUGAUAGCUAACUUUUUCCAUUACAUCUUUUUUUUUGUUUUGCAUCCAUUCUAUUAGGCCUCUUGUAUUGUUAUUUGCAUUCUGUUAAUUUUGAUACAUAACCACUCAGGUUGUAGGGAAGCAUACAGGGUUCAAGUGGUGUGUAUCAAAAUAUACCAGAUAUUCUAUUGAAAUGUGUACAGAAUCUAAUGCCAUCGGUAUCUACAGAUAGGGAUGAAAAAGAGGGGUGACUUAAGUUCUGUCCUCGCUUAUGAAUAUUUGUGUGACAAAAUCUGUGCUUUGCCCAUAUUUGAGCACAUCACAGUUACUUGUCACAAAAAAAUGAUAGCAUGGACAGACUUUCACAGGGUAUCAUUUCUGUGUAACCAGCCUUAUAAUUCAGUUCACUAGGACAUGGUGAUGUCAUACAAGGCUCUGUCCACACUAGUGAGAUUUAAGUGACAAAUUUGUGGGAAUUGCCUAUAUAUGGACAUGACGAUGUUAUGUCACCUUUAUAUGGAUAAAUCACACAUAUUUGCCACAUAAAACUUCUUAGUGUAGACUGAGCAUAAGUGAGAUAUUGCCUGCUUUGUAACAACAUAUCAUUUAAUUUCUUGUCUGUACCUGUAAUACUCUGUCCACAUUGUGAAUUUAUCUGUGACAUCAGGAUGAUGUCAUAUUAUACCCACAUAUGUGCAAGUCACAUUUUUGAUUAUAGCAUUUGUCCAACUUUUGCCAUGGAAAAUAUGAUUUGUUUGAUCAGAUAUGUAAAUCUCUGUCCACACUACAGUACUGUAUCAAGUUUUAUGUGACAAUUAUCUGUCAUAUGGUAGACCACAGGGUAAUUGUCACAUAAAACUUGAUAGUGCGGACAGAACUUUUCUAAACCUGACAGACAAGAGUUUGAGUGUAUAUGCUCAGCUUUAGUGUUGGUGCAAACAACUGGAAAGUGCUCCUGGGUACAGUGGGGAAACUUCUUCCAUUUUUGUGAAAGUCUUGUUACACGUUUUAUUUGAGAUAACUUUAGCUGUUUGAUAAAAUCAGUUGUGUGAAUAUUUUUAGCUCAUCCUUUUAAAGCACAUUUAUGUACACAGUGUUCUUAUCUUAUAUGAAUUAAAAGUAUGUAGACAUCCUGUGAAGGAA